AUGUCGGUGCGAGAUACAAUAGAAAAGAAGCCGUUAGAGCAAGAGACGGAGCAUGAAGAGUAUGAGUACGUAACUGUGCCACCCGAUGGAGGUUUUGGCUGGGUUAUUGCACUGGCGGCUAUGCUUUGUAAUAUGGUGUGUGAUGGUACCUUAUUUGCUUUUGGUGCCAUGAAACUCUUCCUUCAGCCGCAUUUUGGCUGUUCUGAUAUGGUUAUUCUUAUGGUUGGAUCUGUCCCGUGUGGUGUUUAUCUACUUGUUGGACCCAUUGUCUCGGGUCUUUCGAAUAGAUACGGCUGCCGAAUAAUCAUCAUCAUUGGAAGUAUCGGUGCGUCAAUUUGUAUGAUGUUAUCAACACUUUCACAAAAUGUUUCUACGAUGAUUAUUAUUUAUGGAAUCUUUGGCGGAAUCUUUUUCGGAAUGGUUUAUCUUCCAUCCAUUAUCAUGGUCUCAUUCUAUUUCGAGAAAAAACGAGCGAUUGCAAAUGGUCUAGUCACUGCCGGUACCGGUAUCGGUGCAUUAUCAUUUCCACCGUUGGCAGAAUUUCUCAUGAAAAGUUUUGGUUGGAAACAAGGCAUGUUUGUAUUUGCUGGUAUUAUGUUGUCCUGUAUUCUAUUUGGAGCAAUUAUGAAGCCAUUAAAACCUCGACGAGUAGCAAUUAAACGCGCAAUCACUGAAUCGAAAUUUCCAAUUGAAAUUCAUUGCGAUCGACCAUCGUUACCAGCGACAGGAAUAGAUUCGAACACCGACGACAUUCACGCAGCGCCACCAGCAUACGAUAAUAUCAUUCCUAAUAAAAAUUUUAUGAGUGUACCUCAAGGAACCGGUCGUGAUUCACGCAUUCGUCAAAUAUCAGUCUCAAGUCGAACAUCAAUAACAUCUAUAACUGAACAUCGUGUUGGUGUUUCCGAUCCUGAAAAUGCAUCUCGACCAUUGUAUAAAAAGGAUGCGCUAUUUACUGGGUCCAAGCAACAACUUCAUCUUUCGCACACCUCACUGAAUAGUAAUCCAUAUGUAGCCUCGAUUACGAACAUUCCCGAGGCUGUUACACAAACAAAGAAAAAACAAUCAGCUAUUCGAGCGUUUGCAGACAUUCUCUCUGCUAUGACGGAUUUAUCCAUAUUAAAAAAUAAACAAAUGUUACUGAUUUGUAUUGGAAAUAUCUUUUCAAUGUUGGGAUAUUAUCUUCCGAUUAUGUGUUUGGUAUCAUUCGCCGUCGAUGAUCUUCAUGUCGCAGAAGGCAGAGCCACGAUUUUGAUGACAAUUUUCGGUGCUUGUAACACAUUCGGACGAUUUGCUAGUGGACCCAUUGCUUUAAUUCCUCAUUUGGGAGCUCUUCGCGUACACAAUUUUCUCCUCUAUUCAGCUGGAAUCUUUACAGUUCUUGCAGCUUAUGCUUACAAUUUCACAACAUGCGCGCUCUUUGCUGCAUUCUGUGGUUUCGCUAUCGCACCACACAUGUCUCUGUUACCAAAUGUUGUUUGUGAUUGCGUUGGCCUCGAUCGUUAUACAACUGCAUUCGGUGUCCUAUGUUUGUUCCGUGGUUUUACCUCGAUCUUAGGGCCACCUCUUGCAGGUCUUUUGAAAGAUUUGACAAAAACAUAUGUUGCCUCGUUUGUGCUUGGUGGCGCGAUGAUUAUUGUCGGAUCGUUCUUUCAUUUUGGGGUGUCAUUUUUCAAAACUGAAACUCAACCGGAAAAAGCAGUUGAACUAGUAGAAGCAGAAAAAGAAGUUUAUGUUUAA